GGCGCUAGUGCAUCAUCGCAAACCUAUUUUUCAUUCAGUGAUCACCCAUACUGACCAUUUCUGUCGGAGAGUGGCUCAAAAUGACCAGCUUCAUUCCUCGGAUAGAGCAGCUGUCUUCCCGGGUGGUGCGAGUCUUGGGCUGCAACCCUGGGCCCAUGACACUCCAGGGAACCAACACGUAUUUGGUGGGGACGGGGAAGAGGCGCGUGCUGGUAGACACAGGUGAACCUGCCGUGCCGGAGUACCUGGGCUGCCUGAAGCAGGCGCUGACUCAGUUUGACGCGACCAUUCAGGAGAUCGUGGUGACCCACUGGCACCACGACCAUACGGGGGGGAUCGCCGACAUUUGCAGGGAGUUUGCCAGAGAUACCGACAUGCGCAUUAGCAAGCUUCCCCGCACACCCUUCAUGGAAGAACCACUUGGGAAUGAAAGGAGAUACACGUAUCUAAAGGAUGGGGAUGUUAUAGAAACGGAGGGAGCCACCCUCAGGAUCCUGUUCACUCCCGGGCACACAGAUGACCACAUGGCCCUAAUGCUGGAGGAGGAGGGGGCUAUUUUUUCUGGAGACUGCAUUCUGGGUGAGGGCACGGCUGUGUUUGAGGACCUGUAUCUCUACAUGAAGUCACUGCAGCUACUGCUUACCUGCAAGGCCGACCUCAUCUACCCAGGUCACGGCCCCGUGGUCCAGGAUGCUCUCGGUAAGAUCCGGCAGUACAUCGAGCACAGGCACCUCCGUGAGCGGCAGAUCCUGGCUGCUCUGCAGGCAGGAGCCGGCAAACCUCUCACCGCCGCUGAGCUCGUCAAGCUCGUCUAUAAGGAGACACCUCCACAUCUACACGGGGCGGCCGAGGUGAACCUCCUGCAUCACCUAAAUAAGAUGGAGAAGGAAGGCAAGAUUGGCCGAGUGAGCGGCUCGUCGGAAAGCUGCAGGUGGAGGAGCAGCCUGUGACCGCUUCAGCAGCAUCUGCAGCAAUCUACAUCAGUCCCAGGGAUCGUCCAUGUUCAGACCUGUCACCCGCUGUUGAAGGUCAUCACCUACUGGGCAUUUCUCCAUUGGGGUUCAGGCUGAUGUUUGCCGUUUAGCCUGGACGGUUGCUGAUUUCACACCACUGUGGUCCGAUGUUCGCUUUGCUACCGCAAGUGUUUGCGAGGUCUGACGCCACAGGAUAAUUUUUAAACACAAAGUAUGACCUUUUAUAAGAUUUAACCCAAAGGUUGAGUUCACUUGGCUCACAUGACAUAUGAAAAGAUGCAUCUCUUUAUGGACUUUCAGCCCUUUUCUUAGGGUGGGAUCAGAUUAUUAAACAGCUGAUGUGGGACAAACAUAGUAAUUGGUAGAUAAUUCAGUUCCGCUGUUGGCAUCUUUGCAUCCCUGCGUAUCUUUUCAAAUCUAUAAAAUCCAUAAUGUCUUCUGUAGUGGUGGGCAAGGUUCUGCUAACCAAUAAUUAGGGAAGCUAACUUUUUUUUUUUUUUUUUUUUUUAGCAGAUCAUCGUUGCCGCCUGACUUUGAAAACCGUUAACAGACCAAUUGGUUUCCACUGCUUGUAAAUCCACUAAUAUUUUUUUGCAAGUUUAACAGUGAAAAACACCCGUAAAUCCUAAAAUCACACAGAUUUGUUCCGAGCAUGUCUGCAACGGUCUGUCUGGCACACCGUUGCUUGACUACAUGUGAACGAGACGUGAUUGGUUGAUAACAGUAGUCUGGGCUGAAUGUAAGUGAAUGGAGACAGUCCAUUUAAACUGGGUCACCCUGAACUAAGCACAGAACUUGGGCCUGUAUGGAUUUCAUGCUUGGUCGCUAAACUUUUUGUAUUUCGGGUUCCCUAGUUUAAACGGACUUUUUCUUCGUUCACUUACAUUUAGCCCAGACUGCCUUAAUUAAAUACAAGUUUCUGGCUAAGCAAGAAAUCCAUCUUGGGCUAAUUCUAUUUUAUUUUCCGGGUUCUGAUUGACAGAGCUAUUGGCUAGUAAAUAGCUAAGACCCUCCUUCCUAGUUCCGGGUAAAUGGGCCCAUGUCUAUAAUCCCCAAGCAGAGUCUAUGGGGGCAAAAUGUCAGUACGCGACAGAAUAGGAGGACUCCGACAAAUGGAAUAACAUGGAAAGAAAAUAAAUUCCAGAUACUCUACAGAAUCCAGUGAUUCCCAACUGCAUGGGUUUAAAAGUCCUAAAUACCCCCAGGUAAUGGCUCCAGUCCUGCAGAGCUAAAUUGCUGAAUGGGUUAUAAUUUCAGCGCUCUAAGUAUGUUUUUAUGGGUUUCAGAGCCCACAACCAAACCAAAGCUAAAUUCAUAUAAGUUAGCAGUUAUCGUCACCUUCCGAUAAUUUUUAUUAGUGAUAAACUUUGGCGAUAGCAGAUAUCAAAGCUGUGUCCGCCACUGGUAUUCUGUACGCCCACACUAAAUACAUCUUAUUGGUAUACAGUGCUCAAAUGCACUGCAGGUUGCCUGGGCCAUAGUGCAGCCCGGGACCCCAGAGUUCUGUUAAAUGCUCAGACCUUUUAUUGUUCCUGCACUGGAACUUGCAUUAAUGGAGGCAGAAAAGUCAUAUGUUUGCAUAGAUACGGAAAUCACUGCAUCGGUGCAUUAGAACAUGUAUAUUCUUGUAAAUUGAGUCUGUAUGUGAUAUGACAAAUAUAUUGUAUUAUAUUAAACAUAUCAAAAUGUGCGUUUUUCAUGAAAAGCACUGAAGAGGAGAAACGACAAAAAAAAAAGCAUUUUCUUUUAUUUUUUAUUGUAGUUGUAAAUAAAACCAUGCUUUGUCUCCUGA